AUGACCGACGCGGGCGCCGCCAGGCCCAGGAGGGCGGCCAGCGGCGGCGGCGGGGGCGGGGACCUCCCGCUCCGGCCGCCGGAGCCGCCGCGGGACCCGCUGGAGUUCCUGUCCCGCUCCUGGAGCGCGUCCGCGGCCGACGUCUCCCGCGCGCUCGCCGCCGCGCCCGCGCCUGCAGUGGCCGCCAUCUCCGAGGACGUCGCCGCGGAGCUCGACGCCGACUCCGCCGCCGGCGCCGGCGGGCCGCCGGCCUCCGGGACCUCCUUCUCCUUCGCGUCCGCGGCCACCUCGCAGCUCGUCUUGGACCGGAUCAUGGCGCCGUCGGAAGUGUCGCCGCUGACCUCCGGCCGGCUCUCCCACAGCAGCGGGCCUCUCAACGGCGGCGGGUCGCUCUCCGACAGCCCACCCGUCUCGCCUGAGAUCGACGACACCAAGUUCUGCAGAGCGGUGAGCACGCCGAAGCCGCAGCCGUACGCCCGCGGCGGGAGCAAGACGGUGGGGCGGUGGCUCAAGGACCGCAAGGAGAAGAGGAAGGAGGAGACGCGGGCGCACAACGCGCAGGUGCACGCCGCCGUGUCCGUGGCGGCCGUGGCCGCGGCCGUCGCCGCCGUGGCGGCCGCCACCGCCGCGGCCUCGUCGUCGGGCAAGGACGGCCGCGGCGCGCGCACGGACAUGGCGGUGGCGUCGGCCGCGACGCUGGUGGCAGCGCAGUGCGUGGAGGCCGCGGAGGCCCUGGGCGCCGACCGCGAGCACCUGGCGGCCGCCGUGGGGUCGGCGGUUAACGUCAGGACCCCCGGCGACGUCGCUACCAUCACGGCUGCCGCCGCCACAGCGCUGCGCGGCGCGGCGACGCUCAGGGCCAGGGCGCUGAAGGAGGUGUGUAACGUCGCGGCGGUGAUCCCCGUGGAGAAGGGCGCGGUGGGCGGAGGUGGUGGGCAGUAUCUCCAGCACGGCGGCCACAAGCACGACGGCCAGCCGAAGCAGCAGCAGCAGAGGGAGGUGGAGAGCAGCAACAGCAGCAGCUGCUGCUUCAGCGACGAGCUGGUGCUGGGCGAGGAGAACAACUUCCUGGGCAUCUGCACGCAGGACCUGCUCGCGCGCGGCACCGAGCUCCUCAAGCGCACCCGCAAAGGAUCGUUGCAUUGGAAGGUUGUCUCUGUGUACAUCAACCGGGCGGGCCUGGUGAUGCUGAAGAUGAAGAGCAAGCAUGUCGGUGGCACCAUCACGAAGAAGAAGAAGAGCGUGGUGGUGGACGUGUGCCGGGACGUGGCGGCGUGGCCGGGGCGGCACCUGCUGGAGGGCGGCGAGCAGCGGCGCUACUUCGGGCUGCGCACGGCGGAGCAGCGGGUGAUCGAGUUCGAGUGCGGCAGCCAGCGGGAGUACGAGAUGUGGACCAAGGGCGUCGCGCGCCUCCUCGCCAUCGUCCACGCCCAGAAGCGCUGA